AUGCUGUGCGGCGUGGAGAAAGGAGUGGUGGACAGGUUCCUCCAGGAGCACCGCUUCUCGGACAUUAACCACUGCCGCCGCGCAAGCCGCUGGCCUCUGUCGCGCAAGUGCUGCCCAUUGUCCGUGGCGGCCGUGAGGGGCGACGUGCUGGUUGUGACGCUGCUGCUCAAGCAGGGGGCGGACCCCGAGGCGUGUGGGCCUUGGGACGGGCCUUGCUGGAAGUCGGUCGGGCAGGACGGCCGCCAGCUCGUCGAGAGGGCUGCGGCGGACAUUGGUCGAAGGCUUGCCACGCAGUCGGGGGCCUUCUGGAGCAUCUUCCACGUCGUGGACACCACCGGCCUCGAGUGGGAGCAGCCGCUGUUCCGCGAUCUGCGGCGCGACGAUCCUUUGCUGCGGCAGCCGGCGCAGGCGGCCUGA